AUUUUAGUUCAAUGAUGCAGCAGCUGCAGGAAUUGACAAAGUACAUCAAAGGUAAAGAAGAGCAGGAGAAAAGAGUUGAUUAUGCACAAUUUGUCAGUUUUGAGAGCAAAGUGGAAAGUAAGGAUAUGUACUAUGCCUUAUCAGCACUAGGACAAGGAUUAUCAGAGGAGUGGAUAAUUGAUACAGGUGCCAGCAAGCACAUCUGCAAAGAUGAAAGCUGCAUGACAAAUGUGGAAACACUUAAGGAUCCUGUUGUUAUUUGCUUGCCAGAUGGAUCUUUGAAAACAUUAAGAUACAAGGGUGAUGUUGUCCUUGAUGAAAAGGUCACUUUGUUUGAAGUACUCCUUGUGCCAUCAUUCAAAUAUAACCUGCUCUCAGUAAUGCAACUAU